CGAUGUGGAUCAUCAGAAAGCCGACUGGGUUAGCAUCCACGAGCGAAUCUGCCAGCUGCUGAUUCCAAUCCGUACGUCCCUCCCGUUUCACCUUUCUGAAAAAGAGAGGAAGCACAGCGCGGAGCAGCUGCUGAAGAGGCAGGAAUACAUCAUCCACGUCACCUCCAGCGCGGCCCGGGAGUUUCUCUCGGAGGGAAAGCACCGAGAAGCAAUACCUGCAGCUCUGCACGCGCUGCGUUUCGGCGCUGAAGUGUACGGCUGGAGUUCUGCGCAACUGGUGCCGGCUUAUCUGCUCUUGGCCGAGGCCUCCGCUGGCGCUGGCGAUCUUCCGCAGGCGUCUAAAUAUCUGUCCCAAGCGCAGUGGAUCGUCCUCAGCACGCCGGGCUGCGGCGUGGCCGUUCGGCACAAAUUGCAUCGUGCUCUGGGGCUUUUCCGUGCCGCCGAAGGAAACUUUGACCAGGCUCUGCUCCACCUGGCGCAUGACAUUUACCUUGCUAGUUCUACAUUUGGACUAAAGUCUAUCGAGACCUCCGGAGGGUAUUUCCACAUGGCCACCAUUUUCUUUCGCCAGAACAAAAUGGACAUAGCGAACUCCCUCUACGCUGAGGUCACCGACAUCUGGCAUGCCUUCCUCGUGAAGUCACUUCGAGCGCAGGAGCGAAGGCUCAGGUCGCGAGCGGAGACGUCGCCGUUCACCGAGGAUGAGGAAGUCGAUGAAGACCUUCUGAUGCUGCGUGCGGUGUUGGAUACCAGGGAACAGGCGCCAAAGCAACAACCCAAGGAGACUGCCAGAGUUUUGCACGCUCUUGCCAUGCUUUAUUUCCUGACCACGGAUCUCCCAAAGGCUCGCGAGGCGGCGGCGAAAGCCUUGGACCUGGCAAAACAGCUGCCCCAACAAGAGUCUCUCGGAGCCAUUGGUCAUUUGUUGGAGUUGAUUAACUCCAACCUUUCCGGCACGAAAUAA